ACAGGCGGCUAGCACUAGCACGGCUACAUUACAAGGCGAUAGCUGGGGAAGAAGAUAGCAACUGGUAUAACUAAAUGCUGGAUUAAAACAAAGAGGCGGAGAAAUGGAAUAAACAAGUGCUGCGAUAUCGUUAACUUGUGUGAAUACAGUCUGCCGACCUGCCAUCGUCGAGGGGUUGUAUGAUUUGACGCUUCAUAUAACGUUCUAUACAAAAUGCGACUUACAGUCUGUUAGCUGGAACUGAUAGAAUACAGUGUCGAUGCAUGCAGCUGUAGCAUACGUUGUCCGAUAUUAAUUGCGACGUUUAAUUCUUAUUGUCGAUAUUAUUCAGGCAGAAUAACAGAUGAGGCACGUUAAAUUGACAAGCUUCUAACAGACGUGUCCGACAAACAGUUCAACCAAACGCUGUUGGCUAUAUUGUGAGCUAGCAUUACUCAACGACGACUGUUUUUAACUUAGCCAGCUAGCUAGCGUAUUAGCGCGCGACCUGGCCGUGGACAUUGUUAAAACACGCCGAAGAAAAGUGGAAUUAUCAAAUCCUGGCUGUUGUUUGUGAAAGUGGACAUUAGUUGUAUGUGGAAACUACUUGGGCGAGGAGAAACUCUUACUAAAAAAGGGCCUGUCAACACGGCAGUUCUUCUAGUCUGUAUUUACAACUCUGCCAGAGACCACCAGUAGAAAUGCAUCACCCUGAGUUGGCAGGAGAUUCAGCGAGCACUCGAAAAAUGGCGCAGGCGGCAAAUUGUCCCAGACGGGCUAGCGCUAACACUGCCGGUGGAUCUUCCUCUGUGUUGGCUCCGUCCUCGGGGGGUGCCAUCCUUAGCAGCAACUUGAUGCCGUCAGAUGACUAUAAACCUUCAGCGUUGAUUCAGCCCUUGCCCACUGCCGCGUCCUCACUCGGGACUCAGCAGCCUCCUCCCCACACCCUCAACAUCCACCCGCAGUCCUCGCUUUUGGCCCCAGGUGUGCCCUCAUCAGGGGCACAGAUCAAAAAGAAGAGUGGCUUUCAGAUCACCAGCGUUACCCCUGCGCAGAUCUCUGUCAGCACAAAUAACAGCAUUACAGAAGAUACUGAGAGUUGUGAUGACUUGGAUGAGUCCCACACAGAGGACCUGUCUUCUUCUGAGAUUUUGGAUGUGUCCUUAUCCCGGGCUAAUGAUGCAGCAGGACCCGAGAGGAGCUCUUCAGAAGACACUCUAAACAAUCUCCAUGAUGCAGAAACCCCAGGAGCUGUGUCCCCAAACCAACCACCGUUACUCCCCCAAACACACAGUGCUAUGGUUAAUGGUGCAGUUCACCAUCACCAUCAUCACACCCAUCACCACCACCAGCUUCACCCUGUUCCUUCUGGAAAUACUCAUUCUGCUUCAUCAGCCUCAGGCGGGACACAAGCUGGGAUCCCACUUGGUAAUGUAGUCAUGUCUACUGUCCCACCAAACCCUGGAGCUUUACCAAUCAUAGACCAGAAAAUGCCUUCAAAUGUGGGAGGAAUGGUGGAUAAUUCCACUGUUGGCACAGUCAGUGUUGGACAGCCCUUGAUUGCUGCUGCCCCAGGAAUAUCUGCCGGACUGGCUUCUGCAGCAUCAGGUGCUACAGUUAGUGUUAAACCCUUAGCAAGCAAUGUUAAUAAUUUAAACUCAAGUGUGCCUGGUUUGGGUGGCAUAAGUACUAAUAGUGUAGCUCCUUCCACAGGCUUGAAUAAUCCAAAUAACCAAAAUGUAAACUUAAUGCGUCAGCAAAGCAGCAGCAUAAGUAGUGCCAUGACUAUAACUACUGGCACCACCGCUUCAGCUGUUAUCGGCUCAUCUAGUGGCAGUCAUGUGGGUAUAACUGACAUAAUUCAACCUUCUGCUAUUGCCCCAGCCUCAAGCACUCAGCCUCAGCAGACCCCAAUGCCUGCUCCUCAUACCACCAGCUCACGUUUCCGAGUAGUUAAAUUGGACUCUACUUCAGAGCCGUUCAAGAAAGGUAGAUGGACAUGCACAGAGUAUUAUGACAAAGAGGGUCCAGGUUCUGGGUCCUCUGAAAAUGCGCCCAGCACCCGUACAGUGGAGAGCAUCCGCCAGUUUGUUCCUGACAGCUCAGAGAGAGAGGCUGUUAGUGUCAGCUCUGUAAGCAGCUCAGUCAGCACUCUAAGCCACUAUUCUGAAGGUGUAGCCAGUGGAGAUGGUGGUGGCUCCUCAGCUGUACAGCAGAGCUUUCCGCCACCUGGUCAUAUGUCAGAGUACUCCAUGCCUGCUAAUGUCUCCAAGCCCCAGAUGCAUCCACACAAGAAGGCCAAUACUGCCACCCCAGUGCCAGUUAGCAAUCAGCAGCAGGCUCCAGUCAACAUGGGAGGCUUACAGACAACGACUGGCCAUCCAUCACCUGCUGUGCCCCCACAACAGCUGACGUAUGCCCAGGCAGCACAGCUCACUCCAGCUCAGAAUGUGCCUGGAGUCACUCAGCAGCAGAUGGCCUAUCCUGCUGCUCCACAGCCAGCUGCAGCAGCGCAGGUAGCCCCAGUGCACGUCACUUCGCUAAGCCAAGGAGGUAGUCGGCCAACUGAUUUUGCCCAAACUCAGCAGAUAAUCCAGGUCGCGGCUUCAGGAGCAACACAAGCCUUGCCCCACCUGUCAACUUCGAUGGCCCCUGUGAGUAUAACUGGCAAUGGGCAGGUGAUGCCACCCUCUCAGCCACCAGUGGGCAACAUACCUGCUGCUGUGGCUCAGUCGGUCCCUCAAGGUAUACUGCAACCCCAGCAGACGCCACAGAUGGCCCAAGCCCCAACUGGUGGGGUCAUGCCACAAUUGGUACAGUCUACAGGGCCUGGAGUUGUGCAACAGCCCCCAAAAGGGCCUCAGCUCCCAACACAGCUCUCUGUAGAGCAGCAGACACCUCUCAGCAGCCAAGGCAUAGGAGCUCAGUUUGUCCCUGUUACUUCAAGUCUGACCACAUCUAAUGUGCCUCUCAGCAUCCAGAGUGAUCCUCAGGCCGGCCUGGUCCAGAAUGGUUCCAAGGAUGGUGGGCCUCAGCCUGCUGUCAGUGCCCUUUAUGCCAACUUGCCCUCACUGGUGGCCACACAACUGGAGGAUGCUCAGCGCCUUCUAAUUCAGCACCCGUCCCUGCUUGCAUUUCCCAAGCUAGGAGCUGGUGACUGUGCCUCACAAACAGGCACCUCUUUAGCUCCUGAGGAGAGUGGUGGAGUCAGUGCCUUAACUGCCUCAGCCAGUCUGCUGAAGAACUUGCCUGUAGAUGGAGAGGAAGAUGGUUCUUCGGGUGCCAGUGUUGUGGCCAUAGACAACAAAAUCGAGCAAGCAAUGGAUCUGGUGAAGAGCCACUUGAUGUAUGCCGUUCGAGAGGAAGUGGAGGUGCUGAAAGAGCAGAUCAAAGAACUGUUAGAAAGAAACUCUCAGCUGGAACAGGAAAACAACCUGCUGAAGAAUUUAGCCAGCCCAGAGCAGCUGGCUCAGUUUCAGGCCCAAGUUCAGAGUGGCUCGCCACCAUCUUCCACGCAGGGAGCACAGCAAUCAGCGAUGCCGGUGCAGCAGCUCCCUACACAGAACUCUGGACCCUCAGUGUAACAUCCAUGUAUCCUGUGAAGAGGAAUGAGUGGUCAACUGAGCUAAGGCAGACUUCACUUUCAGAACACGUAUGCCUCUUGCACAAGAGGAUUAUGUCAAAGUUUGCACAUAUUUAAAGUCUAAGAACCUGACAAAGGCUACACUGCGUUGCUGUACACACUGCUGACAGUCCAGUAGGUUGCUGACAUGUUGGAUAUUGCCAAACUGCAUGGAUUGUGACUGUUGGGAGAAAGAAAAUUUGAAGUGGACACAACUCAAAUCACUGUGCCUGUGUCUAAAGGAUUUUAAGCGAUGUCAUUUUUCAGUGGUAACUUGGCUUUGUAAUGGUGUUUCCAUACCUCACUUCCUUUUGUAGUGGAAAUGCUGAAAUGAUUUUCUAAGACUCCAAAAAGCAAGCACUUUAAUGAUGAUAAAUGUGAAAAUCCUUUGAACAACCAAUCAGUGCACCAUUAAUUACAUCGGAGGUGUAUGAGAUGGUGUCACAAUUAUUUGCAUUAGGGUCAUCAUUAUACCUGGGUGAAUGAAGGGAGGAAGGUUGCCUAGGAGGGGAGGUAUUGAUUUUCAGUAUUUAACAUUGAAUUCCUUAUUCUAUCUGUUGCGACUUAAAAGCUGCUGUUUCAGUGCAGUGACUCACGAGAAUCUGAGGAAGAAGAUGUUGUGCUGAGAGAAUGAGUGGAAGAAUGAAUGUGGGCUCAUGUAUAUCCUUGUAUAUUUAGUGUAAGUAAUCUGUAAAAUAGUGAUAUUGUGAGAAACACUAAGAGACACUAUUUAGGUUGUACAAACUAAAGACGGGGUUGUUGGUUUGCCUGAGAUAUUUGACUUUUUUAUGCUGUUAUACGAGAACUGAGGUUUCAGGCUUAGGAUAUUUACAGGACAAAAGACAACUACUCAACUUCCUGGCUGUGUUAACACCUACUGUAAACCUUGUUCACUUGAAGUUAUUUGAAGUAUAUUGCACCCAUGUGAUUUGUUUCUGUUUUUGACAGUGAAGUACUCUGGAGAUCAAACCUUCAGCUUAGUUAUUCUGAAUAUCAUUAAUAACUAAUAUGCAUUAUUACUGCAUUAUAUAUAUAAGUUGUAUGCUUAUGUUGUGUGCAUGUCUCUCAAAACCGGUGAUAAGGUGUAAAAUAGUUCAAUUGCACUUCACAACUCCCAAUAAAAUGUUUAAGGAACCUUG